AUGCUUCAUAUUAAUAAUUUUUCCAGCUUACCCCCAAACAGCGCAAAUAUCAAAAGAGCCGCGGGUUUAGUUGCAACAACAAAUCCCGAAGUGCCAACUUCUCAAAAUUGCCAAGAAGCACCAUGCUGCUCAAAGGCAUUAACAACUCAAACGCUACACAGCGAAAAUCAAAGUAGGGUACUACUACCCACAGCAGUCGUCUCCAUCGAACAUCGAGGAGAACUGUUUAAACUCAGAGCCCUAAUAGACCAAGGAUCACAACGAUCUUUCAUAGCGUCUAGGGCACAAAAUAGGCUAAGUCUGCCAACAAGACAAACCAACUUUGAAAUUACGGGAAUGGGCGGAAGAGUAGUUCAAAACUCCAAUAAAAUCUGCCCCAUUACCCUAUUUUCACCCCAAGCGGAUAUAAGAAUACAAGCAGAAGCUAUAGUCUUACCGCAAUUAACCAAUAUGUUACCAAGCUAUCAUAUAAAUAGCAAGCAUUGGGAAAAGGUUUCACACCUUAAGUUAGCAGAUCCCAACUGCAACACCCCCGCUCAAAUAGACCUUCUAUUAGGCAGCGAUCUCAUACCUCAAAUAAUACUCGAAGGUAUUGAGAAAAUUUCAAACACACUGUUGGCACAAAAGACCAUUUUCGGUUGGAUCCUAAGUGGACUAGUUACGGAACCAGUCACAACAAUGACAACUCAAGUUGAGGAAAUCUCGAAUGAGUACCUCAAUUCACAAUUGAGAAAAUUUUGGGAGAUAGAAGAACUCCCCCCCAUUUCAAUCAAAACCCCAGAAGAUCAGUAUUGUGAAGACUUUUACAAAGCCACAACUACUAGAUCAGAUAAUGGUCGGUAUGUCGUACGACUACCACUAAAACAGCAAUUUCCCAACACAAUCGCUUUAGGUCACUCUCGCACUUCUGCAAUACAGCAGUUUCAAAGUAUGGAAAGAAACCUACUUAAAAAAGGUGAACUGAAACCAGAAUAUGAUGGUGUGUUGGAAGAAUACCUCCAUUUAGAUCACGUGGAGGAAAUAAGUCCAUGCGAAAAAAUCAUAAAUGGCAAAUACUACUCAUUUUACUUGCCACAUCAUGCAGUAGUAAAGCCAGAUAAAAAAACCACUAAAGUAAGAGUUGUCUUCAGCGCCUCAAGAUCCACUAGCUCGGGGAAUUCCCUAAACGAUAUCCUGUUUACGGGACCCACGCCCCAACCUGAUUUAAUGCUGCUUAUUCUAAACUGGCGUAUAUUCAAAUACGUUUUUAACGGGGACGUCGAAAAAAUGUAUAGACAAAUAGUCGUACAUAAAGACGAUCAAGAUUUUCAGCGAAUUAUUUUCCGAAAAUCACCCAAUAGUCCACUACGCGACUUCAAGCUAAAAACAGUGACCUUUGGCGUUAACUGUGCCCCAUACUUAGCCAUUCGAACACUCCAUGAAUUGGCUGAAAACACCAAGUCAGAAUAUCCACUGGCGACCCAGGUGUUAAAAUCACAAACGUAUGUAGACGAUAUUCUGUCUGGAAGUCACAGUCUUCCACAAGCAUACGAAUCACUAUCACAAGUAGUCCAAGCCCUCAAAUCCGCAGGGUUUCCAUUAAAAAAGAUUACGGCAAAUCACCCAGUUAUAUUAAAAAAUAUACCAAAAGAAAAUUUGUUGGACACUAAUUUCCUUAUUUUCGAAAAGGAAAGUACAACAAAAACUCUGGGCAUCCAAUGGAAUGCGAUAUCGGACCAGUUUUCAUACACGACUGAGUCCAUAUCCGCAAUAUCCGCCAUUACGAAACGCCAAAUUCUCUCCUCUGUGGCAAAACUUUUUGACCCCGCAGGAUGGCUAUCGCCAAUUAUGAUACAAGCCAAAAUCCUGAUACAAGAAUUAUGGCUAGAUGGUACCGACUGGGACGAGCAAGUAAAACCACUUCGUUUAGAAAAGUGGUCCCAGUUCGCGAGCAAUCUCAAAGAUAUUUCACAAAUACAAAUCCCACGAUGGGUAAAUUAUGUCCCAGAGCACAAAGUCGAACUACAUGGCUUUUGUGACGCCUCUGAAAAGGCGUAUUGCGCCACUAUAUAUGUUCGCACACAAAGUUACAAGGCGACUACAAGCCACUUACUAGUUGCAAAAGCAAAAGUGGCUCCUCUAAAAACCAUAAGUCUACCACGACUAGAACUAUGUGGUGCAUUACUACUUGCCAAACUAGCAUCCAUAGUGCAAACGCAACUGAAUAUGGCGAAAAAUAAAUUAUAUCUCUGGUCCGAUUCCGAGAUUGUAUUAGCUUGGUUGGAAAAACCACCACAUGCAUGGAAGACGUACAUCUCCAAUCGAACGUCUCAAAUUCUUGACCUAGUGGGAUCAGCCACUUGGCGACACGUAGCCAGUGCUGACAAUCCUGCUGAUCUAGGUACAAGAGGGUGCAAACCUCUGCACCUUGCCACCACCACCCUCUGGUGGAAUGGCCCCCGAUGGUUGAAAGAAUCUCCCGAUUCUUGGCCCCAAUCGCCAAUGCGCAACAUAAUUGCCCCCGAAGGUCGAAAAAUCGACACCUACCACACAAUAUUGGAUGAUACUGACAUCCUUGAACGAUUUUCAUCGUUCCCUCGAGCACUCAGAGUAGUCGCCUAUAUUCUCAAAUUCGCAGAGCGACUCAAACUUAAGGUAAAGGGAGCAACUUGCCCCCAAUGCGAUACAUUGACGCAUCAAGACUUACGAAAGGCAAAAGUCGCUCUUAUCGCAUCAGCCCAAACGCGCUACUUCAGCCGCGACCUGGGGUUACUAAGAGAAUCGAAGCCAAUUGACAAAAAGAGCUCACUCUUAGUACUAAACCCAUUCAUAGAUACGAAGGGUCUACUUCGUGCAAAUGGGCGGCUUGUCAAUUCAAGCCUAACUUAUAACGAACGCCAUCCCAUUGUUAUACCAGAGAGAUCGCAAUUUGCCACAUUCUUCUUCUUCUUAAUUGGCGUAGACACCGCUUACGCGAUUAUAGCCGAGUUAACAACCGCGCGCCAGUCGUUUCUUCUUUUCGCUACGUGGCGCCAAUUGGAUAUUCCAAGCGAAGCCAGGUCCUUCUCCACUUGGUCCUUCCAACGGAGUGGAGGUCUUCCUCUUCCUCUGCUUCCCCCGGCGGGUACUGCGUCGAAUACUUUCAGAGCUAGAGUGUUUUCAUCCAUCCGGACAACAUGACCUAGCCAGCGUAGCCGCUGUCUUUUAAUUCGCUGAACUAUGUCAAUGUCGUCGUAUAUCUCGUACAGCUCAUCGUUCCAUCGAAUGCGAUAUUCGCCGUGGCCAACGGGCAAAGGACCAUAAAUCUUUCGCAGAAUUUUUCUCUCGAAAACUCGCAACGUCGACUCAUCCGCUGUUGACAUCGUCCAAGCCUCUGCACCAUACAGCAGGACGGGAAUUAUGAGAGACUUAUAGAGUUUGGUUUUUGUCUGUCGAAAGAGGACUUUGCUUCUCAAUUGCCUACUCAGUCCGAAGUAGCACCUGUUGGCAAGAGUAAUCCUGCGUUGGAUUUCUAGGCUGACAUUGUUGGUGGUGUUUACGCUGGUAUCAUCGGCAUACGCCAGCAGCUGUACACUCUUAUAGAAGAUUGUGCCUGCUCGAUUAAGUUCUGCAGCUCGAACUAUUUUCUCCAGCAGCAGAUUGAAAAAGUCGCACGAUAGGGAGUCGCCUUGUCUGAAACCUCGUUUGGUAUCGAAUGGCUCGGAGAGUUUCUUCCCGAUCCUGACGGAGCUUUUGGUGCCGCUCAACGUCAGUUUACACAGCCGUAUCAGUUUUGCGGUGUCGAUUCACCUUUCACGGGUCUUUUCCAAGAUUUGGCGCAUGGUGAAUAUCUGGUCGGUUGUUGAUUUUCCAGGUCUAAAGCCACACUGAUAAGGUCCAAUCAGUUUGUUGACGGUGGGCUUUAAUCUUUCACACAAUACGCUCGAUAGAACCUUGUACGCGAUGUUGAGGAGGCUUAUCCCACGGUAGUUGGCGCAGAUUGUGGGGUCUCCUUUUUUAUGGAUUGGGCAUAGCACACUUAAAUUCCAGUCGUUGGGCAUGCUUUCAUCCGACCAUAUUUUGCAAAGAAGCUGAUGCAUGCUCCUUAUCAG